AUGGAUCGAUGGGAGAAUGCCGAUAUCGGGAUCUCCACCCGCAGCAAAAACGGCACCGAUGGGCGAUCCAGCCCUUCGUCAUGCGUCCAGGUCAUCAGAUUCCAGGAGGACGGCGUGGCUUCCCCGAUCACGGAAGCUGUCUACAAGGGGAAACUGAGUAGGUCCACCCUGGUGGACUCCUUGACGCUCUGCGCUCGCUUCAAGAUCUUCUUCCUACACACUAGGGCGACGCUGCUCUUCUUGGCCGACAACGUUGACAGCAAGAUUUGGAUGCUGAGAGCAGAGGUGUGGGUUGACAAAGUGCGGGUGGCCAUAUCUCACACCUGGAACUUCCAGCCUUCCCAGCAACUCUGGGCAUUCAGAUGGUACCACCUCUGCUUCACCUACGACCACACCAAAGGACGCAUCCAGACCUUCCUGAACGGGUACGUGGUACGGCAGAUGUUCUACAACGUCGGGCGGCCCGUGAAGGGAGACUUCGCCAAACUGGGGAACGGGAAGACCAAACACGAGAGCUACAGCGGUGACCUGUCGCAGGUAAAUGUGUGGGACAGAGUCCUAUCCGACAACGAGAUCCUGCGAAUCGCCAGCUGCCAAGCCGAUCCUCAGGGGAACUACAUCUUCUGGGAGGCCGGAUGGACGCUAUACAACGUGACCUCCUACGAGAUGCCCCUGCCGAAGUUCUGCCAAGAGGACACGUCCAAGCUGCACUUCUGGUUCCCGAGGGUCCUCGAGACGGAGGCGUUGUACAUCUGCGAAGCCCUCGGGACCCACCUCCCCACCGUCACCAGCCUGAGGGAGUCGCAGCACCUGUACGAGAUCCUGAACGAGAGGUGGCCCGACUCGGAGAAGUGUCCUUUAUUCUACUGGAGCGACCUGAACGACAAGCGGACCGAGAACGUGUGGAUCAGGGGGUACGACGACAAGGUAGACAACGAGUCCUACUGGGCCCCUGACGAGCCCAACGGCUAUCGGUACGAGAACUGCGCGGCCAUCCAGCCCGACGGCGUCAUCGACGACGACUGCGCCUGGAUCAGGUGCGCCCUCUGCACCUUCAACGAGCCCCAGCGGUUCAUCAUCCGGGGAACGUGCGAGACCGAGCUCAGGAACGUGUACUUCGUGGCCUACCAGGAGGAGUUCGGUGGCUUGGUCUUCAAGAGCUACGGCUCCUACCACAUCCGGCGGGAUAACGGGACGUGGUACUACGUGGACACCGUCAACGGCGGCACCAUCGCGUCCAUGGAACACUUCGAACUGGACUACCCGAUGGGCCGCCGGUGGUGGCUGCUGGAGAGGGACCUGUGUGAGGACAAGAGAGGCCAGAGGAAGCGGCUGCUCCUCUCCCCCUGCAACGACGACCAGUUCACCUGCGACGACGGCACCUGCGUGCCCCUGCCCUUCCGCUGCGACCUCAAGUACGACUGCCGCGACCAGAGCGACGAGCUGGAAUGCGAGCUCAUAUCCUUCCCGAAGGACUACCACGCCCACCUGCCGCCGAGGGUGCCCCGCAAGGCGAACAGCAACGUCCCGGUCGUGAUCCGAGUCGUGAUCAAGUCCGUCGACAUCGAGACGGUGAGCAUGGACAUGCGGCUGUCCUACGAACUGGAAAUGUCGUGGUUCGACAACCGCCUGGAAUACAUCAACCUGAAGGCGAACGAGAGCCUCAACGCGCCCAGGGUCGAGACCAUGGCGAAGCUGUGGUCCCCGAUCGUGAAGCUGCUCAACACGGACACCAUCGACGAGUUGCUCAUCUCGACAGACGCCGUGGCGUCGAUCAAGAGGCUGAGGGAACCCGUCAGGAGAGACGACUCGGUGGCUGCCGAAGUGGACGUGUUUUCGGGCGAGGAGAACCCAAUCACCGUAUCCCGGAAGUACUCCACCACUUACACCUGUCAAUUUGACCUGACCUUGUUCCCCUUCGACGACCAGCAUUGCGACAUGCACCUCCAGGUCGUCUCGGGCCUCGUCUCCUUCCUCGAGGUCCAUCCCAACUCGAGCGUGACCUACUUGGGAAGCAAAACCCUCAACGAGUACAAGAUAGGACAAGAGAUGAUGCUCUUGGACGGGACCCGAAUUCCAAGCGAGGUGAGAGUCCGCAUCCCGCUGAUUCGCCUCUACGGGCAUUCGAUUCUCAACAUCUACAUCCCUUCCCUCAUUCUCAUCAUCAUCAGCUACCUCACGCUCUUCUUCAGGACACACUUCUUCGACCUGAGGAUCAUGGCUGCCCUCACGUCUCUGCUCGUCCUCGCUACCCUUUUCGCACAGGCUUCUGACUCGCUCCCACAAACCUCAUACUUCAAGAUGGUAGACAUCUGGCUCCUGUUCUGUGUGAUGAUGACCUUCCUGGUGAUCAUCUUCCACAUCCUGAUCGACAAGCGCUUCUCCCAGGAGACCCAGGUGAAGAACGUGUCGUUCUCGCCCGACAGGAAGACCAUGUUCAAUAUGUACUUCGAGAAGGCGGCCACCAUGUCUCUCGAGACCCUCGAAUUCCUCGCCAAGGCCAUAGUAUUCGCACUCUUUGUCGUCUUCAUCAUUACCUACGUAGUUAUCAUCCUGGUGUAACUAAUUACCUACGUGGCUAUCAUCCUGUUGUAACUAGACCUAUUACCUACGUGGCUAUCAUCCUGGUAUGAUUAAGACCUAUUACCUGCGUGGCUAUCAUCCUAGUGUAACUAGACCUAUUACCUACGUGGCUAUCACCCUGGUGUAACUAGACCUGUUGCUUUCACGUUAACUCCUUUCUAACGAACACCACAUUAUUUGGAAGCUUUUGAGUUUCGAGUCAGUAGCCCUUGUGGUGGGCUUGUUCCGUAUGAAUAGGGUUCAUCUUCUGAAUGUUUUUAAAAUAAUGAUAAUUUCUUGUUUCCGUUGCUACCCAGCCGGUAGCGUCGUCUCUUUGGGAAAAUUCAAUGUGGAAAUUUAUGUUCUAUAGCAUUCUGCCAAAAACUACCCCAUCAUUCCCGCUUGUAUCUACAAAAUGCUGUGAAGAGCUCGAAUUUAAUGCAAAACUUGAAUAUUCAAGUACUUUAGAUUUCCUGUGCUAUUGUCAAGUGCUAACUACAGAAAUGAACCUAGAUCAAAUAUGUUCAUCCUCAAU